AUGUUUGCGACCCGAGCUCUCCGACAGGCGGCUGCCCACGCUGAGCGUGUCCCCUCCAUCAAGUUCAUUGGAAAGCGCUCCAUUCCCUCUGCUGUUGACCACAGCCCAAGGCCUCACCCAGCCAGCCCCAGCCAGUCCCUCCCCUCCGACUUCUCAGCCAGCUCCCACCACUCCUUCUCCGAGUACCGCCAGCGCUCCCAGCAGUACGGCCCGCUCCAGAAGACCUGGGCUCGCACCAGCGAGGGCGGCAUCGGGGGCGCCUCCGGCUCAGCACUGCCCUCCAUCAACCCCCCUCAGGGCUUCUUCUUCGACCGCGACGAGCUCCCCUCCCGCUUCCACAGGACCUCCUGGAGCGCCGAGGAGAUUGAGGCCAUCGAGAGCGGCGGCGCCUCCGCAUUCGCUUGA